GGAUGAUAAUUCAUUCCCGGCAACCAAGCCAAGCAAAGCAUGAGCAAUCUAUUAGGCUUGCAAACAUCCCUCUUCACCACCUUCUUCUCAUUUGCCCCAGAAUUACCCUUAAAUCCCCCCAAAAUUUCCACCACGUCCUCUUCCCUUCUUCUUCUACCCUGGGAGCUUUCCCACAUUCCCAAAUCCAAGAAAUUCAUACCAACAAACACUUCCAUAACCAGGACUCUGGUGAGUAGUGUGUCUAGUGAAUCCGUACAGGAAGUAGUUGACGUUGAAGUUGCAGAUGGCCUGACAAUGACCCAAUUUUGUGACAAGAUUAUCGAACUAUUCUUGAAUGAAAAACCCAAGUCAAAAGAUUGGAGGAAGUAUUUGGUAUUUAGGGAAGAGUGGAAGAAAUACAGGGAUAGGUUUCACAGUCGGUGCUUAUCUCGAGCUGAUGCUGAAAAUGAUUCUGAAAUGAAGCAAAAGCUGAUUACUUUAUCAAGAAAAGUGAAGAAGAUUGAUGAUGAAAUGGAAAGGCAUACUCAACUUCUUAAAGAGAUUCGAGAUAGCCCCUUGGACUUGAAUGCAAUCGUUUCUAAAAGGCGCAAGGAUUUCACUGGGGAGUUUUUCCGCUAUCUUACUCUGCUUUCCGAGACAUGUGAUACUUUGGAAGACCGGGAUGCAUUGGCUAGACUUGGGGCUAGAUGCUUGUCAGCUGUCAGUGCUUUUGAUAACACCCUGGAGAAUGUGGAGACAUUAGAUUCUGCACAAGCGAAAUUUGAUGACAUCUUGGGGUCAGUGUCAGUGAACGCGGCAUGUGAAAAGAUCAAAAGUCUUGCCAAGGCAAAAGAACUUAGCCCUUCAUUGAUCGUAUUGAUAAACAGUGCUUGGGCAUCGGCAAAGGAGUCCCCUACAAUGAAAAAUGAGGUGAAAGAUAUAAUGUAUCGCCUGUACAAGGCCACUCAAAGUAGUCUGAGGAGUAUGGCUCCAAAAGAAAUAAAUCUACUUAAGUAUUUGUUGAACAUCAUCGACCCUGAAGAGCGAUUUUCGGCGCUGGCCACAGCCUUCUCCCCUGGGGACGAACAUGAUAUGAAGGACCCAAAAGCUAUAUACACUACUCCCAAGGAGCUACACAAGUGGAUUAAAAUCAUGCUUGAUGCUUACCAUCUGAGCAAGGAAGAGACUGAAUUAAGAGAAGCGCAGCAGAUGAACCAGCCUGUUGUUAUCCAGAGACUUUUCAUCCUAAAGGAAACAAUCGAAGAGGAAUAUUUAAGUCAAGAAGGCAAAAGAGAGAGAGAUGAUAAAUCAGAGGAGUUGUGAGAAAGCAUCCCAUCUGUAGAUAUCAUCACACCUACAUUAAGCCAGAAGAUCUGCUCAUGUUGUCGAGUCAUCAAGCGCAAUUCUGAAAUCUUCUCUUGUAUCUCAGUGUACCUGGUUAAAUGCUGUAGCCGCCAAAUGCUGUUAUAGUGUUAUGUAUCACAUCAUAGUAACUUUUGGCAAAAACUUAGGUAGAACUGGUCUUGGAGAUCACGUGACUCAAAUUUUAUCACUUAUUCCAUUCUUGGAUUAGUGAGUUGGCGUAACGAUAUUGAGAUCACAUGCUCUACAUAAAUCGGGUCUACCCAAGUGUUUGCCAUAACGUCAUCCAGCGGGUUGAGGUACUUCAAUAAAUUGUUUACAAUCACAUGCAGCAGUUUGUAUAGUCAUGGGUUACUGGACUCCCUUUGAUUUUGAGAAAAUAUUUAUAAGCUAUGGAGAAACACUUGCUGUUAAUAAAUUCAA